CCAUGCUGCGCGCCUGCAUCAUCCUCGCCAUAGCCACCAGCGCCCUCGCUGGUCACGUUGGCCACCUUGCUGGAGGCUACACCCUCGCCAAUAACCUCGGUUAUGGCCUUGGCUACGGUAGCCUCGGUUACGCCGGUCUUGGUUACGGUGGUCUUGGUCUAUCCCACUACGGGCUUUCCCAUGGCGUUGGAUACUCCGGCCUCACUGGCUACGGUGCCGGCUACGGAUACGGUUACGCGCCAGCUGCCAGCUAUGCUGUCGCGGCCCCAGCCGUCACCCGUACCGUCUCCUCCUACCACGCUGCCCCAGCUGUGACUGCUGUGCACGCUGCCCCAGCCGUGGCUGCUGUGCAAGCUGCUCCAGCCGUGACUACUGUCCACGCUGCCCCAACUGUCGCCACUUAUGCCACUGCCCCAUCUGUCAGCUACGCUGCCGCCCCGGCUGUAACCAGGGUUGUCCAGCAGUCCGCUCAGGUUGUUGCUGCUGCCCCAGCUGUCGCUACCUACGCCGCUGCCCCAUCUGUGACUGCUGUCCAUGCUGCUCCGGCUGUCACUACAGUUCACGCAGCGCCAGCCGUCGCUGCCGUCCAUGCUGCCCCAGCUGUCGCUGCCGUCCACGCUGCUCCAGCUGUCGCUUCCAUCCACGCUGCCCCAGCUGUCGCUACCUACAGUGUUGCCCACGCUGCCCCAGCCAUCGCUACCUAUGGUGUGACCCAUUCUGCCCCACUCUACUAUGGUUAUGGAGUCGGUUCUCUGGGCUACGGGGCCGGUCACUACGGUUAUGGUCAUGGUCUGCUCGGCUACGGCCUGAACUACGGCUAUGGUCUUGGUUCUCCUCUGAGUUACGCCACCCUUCUGCGCAAGAAGAAGUAAAUGGCCCUCUUCUUAACCCUUCCGCAGAACCCAUCAAUGGUGAACGAGACUUGAAGACCCCACUGAAGUAUAUAGAACUUUAUGGUAU